AUGUCCAAUCAAACAGGAGUGACUCAGUUCAUUCUCAGGGGCUUUUCGGAUGCCCAGGAACUGAGAUUUGUAGUCAUCUUGUUUUUCCUGUUUGCCUACCUAUUUGGGCUCCUGGGAAACAUCUCCAUCAUCACAGCUGUGUUUAGAGAAAGCUGUCUCCACUCGCCCAUGUACUUCUUCCUGAAGAAUCUCUCCUUCCUGGACAUGUGCUACACCUCGGUCACCAUCCCCAAGGCGCUGGUCACCUCCCUCACAGGCUCUGGGCUCAUUUCCUAUCUGGAGUGUGUGGCUCAGCUUUACGUGUUCAUCACCCUGUCUUCCACUGAGUGCUUUCUGCUCACGGCCAUGGCGUACGACCGGUGCUUGGCCAUCCUCAAGCCCCUGCUCUACGGGUCCACCAUGAGUGAGAGGCUUUCCUCGGAACUGGUUGCCAUGGCCUGGGUGAGUGGGGCCAUCUACUCCGCCUUCCACACCUCGAACACCUUCUCCCUGCCCUUCUGUGGACCCAACGUCGUGGAACACUUCUUCUGCGACAUCCCCCCUGUUAUGCGCCUAGCCUGCGCUGACUACCGCCUCAACGAGGAGGUGGGCUUCGCUGUGAGCAGCUGCGUCGUCAUGAGCUCCUUUGCCCUCACGGUCCUCUCCUAUGUGGGCAUCACCUCUGCGAUCGUGCGCAUCCCCUCUGGGGAUGGACGGUGGAAAGCGUUCUCCACCUGCUCCUCGCAUCUGACCACAGUCAUUUUGUUUUAUGGAACUGGAAGUUUCAUGUACCUGAGGCCUGCCUCUCAGUAUUCCCCAACCCAAGGCCGCCUGGCGUCUAUUUUUUAUUCCAUCCUCACCCCUACCUUGAAUCCUGUUAUCUACUGUCUGAGGAACAAAGACAUGAAGGUUGCUCUGCAGAAACUGUAUUGUCGGCGAAAGCACAGAUCCUACUGA